GAGGAAUAUGACAUGGGGAUGAGCAACUGUGAGAGAGAAAGACCGAGAGAGGUGGGAGGGAGGCGGCCAGGCAGGAAUUAACGGUUCGUCAAGCAGCCCCGGGACUUGAAAACGUUACAAUGGGGAGCAAUGACUGACGACAGAACGGGUUCUUUGCGUCCCCACUGUCUUACUCCGCUUCGGGCCCUGUGAAGUCAUGGACUAGAACUCCGUCUGGUCCCGACAGUCCCACGGUCAUCUGAUGGCUUGUCAUCAAACCUCAGCAAAAAUACAGAAAAUGAGAACGUGAAGGCUGGCGUCCACCAAGGCCUCCGCUGCACCUUGGGCAGCGCACACACAUGAUCACAUGACUCUGGACAUGGACGCGGUCCUGUCAGACUUUGUUCGGUCCACGGGGGCAGAACCUGGUCUGGCAAGAGACCUGCUGGAAGGUAAAAACUGGGACCUCAGUGCUGCUCUGAAUGAUUAUGAGGAGCUCAGGCAGGUCCACACUGCCAACCUGCCGCAGGUCUUCAACGAGGGCCGCUAUUACAAACAGCCGGAGGCGCGUGACACACCAACCCCUGUCAGCAAGAUCGACAGGCCGUGUGCGCAGAAGCAGGACGACAAUGCACAAGAGAAGCGUCUGUCCCGGGGGAUCUCCCACGCCAGCUCCGCCAUUGUCUCCCUGGCGAGGCUGCAGGUGGCCAACGAGUGUACCAACGAGCAGUUCCCUCUCGAGAUGCCCAUCUACACAUUCCAGCUUCCGGACCUCAGCGUGUACAGCGAGGACUUCAGGACCUUCAUAGAGAGAGACCUGAUAGAGCAGUCCACCAUGAUGGCCCUGGAGCAGGCGGGUCGUCUGAACUGGUGGUCCACCAUGUGCACCAGCUGUAAGAAACUGCUUCCUUUGGCCACCACUGGAGAUGGAAACUGCCUCCUUCAUGCUGCUUCUUUAGGUAUGUGGGGCUUUCAUGACAGAGACCUGAUGCUGAGGAAGUCCCUGUAUACCAUGAUGAAGAGUGGAGCUGAAAGAGACGCUCUGAAGAGGAGGUGGAGGUGGCAGCAAACCCAACAGAACAAAGAGUCCGGCCUAGUGUACACCGAGGAGGAGUGGGAGCGGGAGUGGAACGAGUUGCUCAAGUUAGCCUCCAGCGAGCCUCGCACGCAUCUCAGCAAAAACGGCAACGCGAAUGGAGGGGUGGAUAAUUCAGAGGAUCCGGUCUAUGAGAGCCUGGAGGAGUUCCAUGUGUUUGUGCUGGCCCACGUGCUGCGCAGGCCGAUUGUGGUGGUGGCCGACACGAUGCUCAGAGACUCGGGAGGAGAAGCGUUUGCUCCCAUCCCGUUUGGUGGCCUCUACUUGCCUCUGGAGGUGCCUCCCAGCCGCUGCCACUGCUCCCCGCUGGUGUUGGCUUACGAUCAGGCACACUUCUCCGCCCUGGUGUCCAUGGAACAGAGGGACCAGCAGCGAGAGCAAGCUGUUAUCCCGCUCACUGACUCGGAGCACAAGCUGCUGGCCCUCCAUUUUGCCGUGGACCCUGGCAGGGACUGGGAGUGGGGCAGGGAUGACAACGAUAACGCCAAGCUCGCCAAUCUUAUCUUAUCUCUGGAGGCUAAACUCAACCUGUUGCACAACUACAUGAAUGUAACAUGGAUUCGAAUUCCAUCAGAAACAAGGGCUCCCCUGGCUCAGCCUGAGUCUCCGACUGCGUCCGCGGGCGAAGACGUGCAGUCCCUGGCCGAGUCCAUGGACUCUGACCGCGAGUCGGUCGGCAGCAACUCCAACGUCAACACCGGAAAGGCCAGCAAGGACAAGGAGAAAGAAAAGCAGCGCAAAGACAAAGACAAGAACAGGGCCGAUUCUGUAGCCAACAAGCUGGGUAGCUUUAGCAAAACACUGGGAAUCAAGCUGAAGAAGAACAUGGGGGGGUUGGGGGGUCUCGUGCACGGCAAAAUGAACAAAUCCAACUCUGGCUCGGGUCGAAAUGGCGAGAACGGCACGGAAAAAGCCAAGAAGAAGGACUUAAAGGCCGCUAAAGGAAGCAAGGACGAGUCAGGACACUCGGCCAGUUCCACCUCCUCGGAGAAGGCCACAAGCCCCUCCCCUACAGACAGAGACAAACCCUCUAGCUCCUCCCCUACGGACAGAACGGACAGCACGGGAAGGGUCUCGGGGGACAAGAGCCUGGAAAACUGGAAAUACAGCACCGACGUCAAGCUGAGCCUCAACAUCCUGCGAGCCGCCAUGCAGGGCGAGCGCAAGUUCAUCUUCGCCGGCCUCCUCCUCACCAGCCACCGCCACCAAUUCCACGAGGAGAUGAUCAGCUACUACUUGACCAACGCCCAGGAGCGCUUCAGCCAGGAGCAGGAACAGAAGAGGAAGGAGGCGGAGAAGAAGCCCCCCGCCCCGAGCGAGGCGGCGGCCAAGAAGGGCGAGCACGAAAGCGUCUUCCAGAGGGAGCGAUCGGACAGCUCGCCCCCAGAGAGUUACUCCCCCGCCCCGGCCCACCAUACGUACGCCCCCCAGCCCUCGGCGGGGCUGAAGAUGCAAGGCAGGAACAGUCCCACUCCUCACGUCUCUUUCCCGGUGCCGCCGCUCACCCCGCCCAUAUCCUCCCGCCCCGUCCCCGCGCCUUACUCCUCGCCCAGUUUUGGUGCUAAGAGACCCGGGCCAGUCCCCGUGUCCGCCCACUACAGCCAUACCCCCCCCAUCCAGAGGCUCAGCGUCAUCCACCUACAAGAUGUCAACAUCACGCCCUCCAUCUUCCAAGACCCCUACAAACCCGUGGUGGGCACCCUCAAAACGUGCGCCACCUACCCGCAGCAGAACCGGUCGCUGUCGUCGCAGAGCUACAGCCCGGCUCGCCUGUCGGGCGUGCGCACCGCCAACACCCAGGAGACCCUGCCCUACAACAUGCCCGCCGAACACAAGUCCCACACCUACACCAACGGCUUCGACGCCGGCGACAUUCAAGACUGCCUGAAGUUUGCGGACGAGGACAACUCGUCCCACACGUGGCUCAACCAAGACAAAACCAAAGGGCGGAGCUCCGGGAGUCCUCUGUUCUGCUUUCAGCAGCGCCGCUGCAAGAGGGACAACUGCUCCUUCUACGGGAGGCCCGAAACGGACAACUACUGCUCCUACUGCUACAGGGAGGACGUGAAACGCAGGGAGAGGGAGGGCAGAGUGCAGAGGCCCGCGUAGCCGCCGGCGCCGUUUUUUGCAUCCACAACAACACGGUGAACCUUUUUUUGUUCUGUUGAAGAAUCUCCCUUGUUAGUCAAGAUGAGGGAAGCAGUUCACACAGGCUCCUAUUCUCCAUGCGCUUAAGGGGGAAAAAAAGGUUCUCGCUAUGCAGACUUUUAAGUCUGUCAUCUAAGAACAAACCUUAAAUGUGGCAUUCCCUGUCAAAUCUGGCCUUUUGCGUAUUCUCCCAUCAACUUGAGUACUCUCAUGUUGAAGUUAGGACGCCGUGUACACCGCACAUAGUGAAGUGAAGUGAAUCAUAUUUAUAUAGCGCUUUUCUCUAGUGACUCAAGGCACUUUUACAUAGUUCAAAAGUUAAAGUACCAAUGAUUGUCACACACACACUAGGUGUGGUGAAAUUAUUCUCUGCAUUUGACCCAUCCCCUUGAUCACCCCCUGGGAGGUGAGGGGAGCAGUGAGCAGCAGCGGUGGCCGCGCCCGGGAAUCAUUUUGGUGAUUUAACCCCCAAUUCCAACCCUUGACGCAGAGUGCCAAGCAGGGAGGUAAUGGGUCCCAUUUUUAUAGUCUUUGGUAUGACUCGGCCGGGGUUUGAACUAGGGAUGUCCGAUAAUGGCUUUUUUGCCGAUAUUCCGAUAUUGUCCAACUCUUAAUUACCGAUACCGAUAUCAACCGAUACCGAUAUAUACAGUCGUGGAAUUAACACAUUAUUAUGCUUAAUUUGGACAACCAGGUAUGGUGAAGAUAAGGUCCUUUUUAAAAAAAUAAAAUAAGAUAAAUAAAUUUAAAAAAAAUUAUUGGAUAAAAAAGAAAGUAAAACAAUAUAAAAACAGUUACAUAGAAACUAAUAAUUAAUGAAAAUGAGUAAAAUUAACUGUUAAAGGUUAGUACUAUUAGUGGACCAGCAGCACGCACAAUCAUGUGUGCUUACGGACUGUAUCCCUUGCAGACUGUAUUGAUCCAUCCAUCUUCUUCCGCUUAUCCGAGGUCGGGUCGCGGGGGCAGCAGCCUAAGCAGGGAAGCCCAGACUUCCCUCUCCCCAGCCAAUUCGUCCGGCUCUUCCUGUGGGACCCCGAGGCGUUCCCAGGCCAGCCGGGAGACAUAGUCUUCCCAACGUGUCCUGGGUCUUCCCCGUGGCCUCCUACCAGUCAGACGUGCCCUAAACACCUCCCUAGGGAGGCGUUCGGGUGGCAUCCUGACCAGAUGCCCGAACCACCUGAUCUGGCUCCUCUCCAUGUGGAGGAGCAGCGGCUUUACUUUGAGCUCCUCCCGGAUGGCAGAGCUUCUCACCCUAUCUCUAAGGGAGAGCCCCGCCACCCGGCGGAGGAAACUCAUUUCGGCCGCUUGU